AUGUCAAAACAUAUCGAUCUCAUCCGGAACGUUUCCUUACCUGGAAAAGCCAUAGGAACUGUUUGGGAUGUUUGGAUUGUUGGACUGAAGAUUGACGCCAUUGUGCCUCACGACGAUAAGUCUCCGUCGCAUACCUACUCUACUUUGGAUGGGCGUGGUGCUUUGCUGGCUCCAAGUCUUUGCCAUCCGCGAGUUCGACUCGAUGCGAUGAAUUUCUCUUCUGAACAGCAAGCGCUCCAUAAAUCAACAGAACCAAACGCCAAGGACCUUUUACCACAAUGGGCAAAAGACUACGGUCUGUCAAUGACGGGAUAUCGGAAGAUGCAUGGGCUUUGUUCAGCAGGCGUAACCCACAUGCGCGCGCUGGUCGAGGUCAAGGCCGACGACAGUGCAACGCGGAUUCUAGAUGCUGCUGUGGAGAUGAGAAACAGGUUUGAGCAAGAAGGACGAUGCAUUGUUCAGAUUUGUGCCAUGUUUCGUGGGCCACUCAUCUCGUCCACGGAUGGCGAAAGAGGGAGAGCCUCAAGUGAACGAUUAAUUCAGAACGUGGCGUCUCGGGCGGGCGUAGAUGCUAUUGGGAGUGUCCCUGCGCUGGAAGCGAACACGAACGACCGAGAAGCCCAUAUCGAAACGAUGGUGGAUCUUGCCAUCGCACUCGACUUGCAUCUAGACUUGGAGCUCGAGCGCAAUCUCAGCACAAACCCGUCCGUGUGGGACGUCCUCGAAGUUCUUAAAACGAAGGAAUGGUCGAAGAGAACGACGCGAAAGACAGUGUUGCUUUCGGGAAGUAAUUCUGUCUUCGAUCUGAGCGAUCCUGAAAAGGGUAGGCUGAGAGAUGAGAUGGCUGACUUCCCGAGUACCUUUGUGUACACACAAAGUGAUGAGCUGAAUAAGACUCGCAAGGUUAUUAGCCUCAUCAGAGACCAAGGCAUUCGCGUCUGCUUCGGCGUAGAAGCAAGCGACGACAUGGGUCCCACCCCGGAAAGCUACGAUCCAGUCAAGAGCAUCAGCACUGACGACGACGCAAGCCGAGAACUUGGGGAAGCGGACGCAGAACUCCUGUAUGAGGGCGUGUGCAGGAGGCCGCGACAGGGCAUUGGCCACGGGAAAAAGAUGAUUCAAGGCCUCGAGCUCAAGGUGGGAGCUGAUGCUAAUUUUGUGCUUUUUGAUCACGAGCAGACAACGUUCACCGAGGUGCUGAGUCCGCACGCUGGAUUUUGGGGAAGACAAGUUCUUCUUCAAGGUUCUCUUGUGGCAUGUUGA